ACCUUGACCUCUCCAAAGCUUCCGGUUGUAAACAAAUACAUUUCCAAUCGUUGUAAAAGCUUUAAAUUCAAAGUGUCAUUCAAGUAAACAUUGGGCAGAUGAAAGAUGCCGGCAAUCAAAUUUCAGCAUAUCGUAUCAUGUAGUAGCGAAGAUAAGAACAACCCUGCAGACAACCUUUUGAAACCUGAAGGCAGCCAUAAAUGGAAAUGUUCCACUGCCGGAGAGAAGAGUGUCUCAGUUGUGAUUCAGCUGGAGAAGGCAUCCCAGAUCCACAGCAUGGACAUUGGCAAUGAAGGCUCAGCAUUUGUGGAGGUUUUGGUGGGAAGGUCUUCAGCUACCUCAGACCAGGACUACCAGGUGUUGCUGGUUGCUUCAUCAUUUUUGACACCAAUGGAAGCCCGUAAUGGCACAAACAGGACUAGUGUGCGCAUGUUUGACAUCAGCAAACUGUCAGCCCCAGCUGCCAAAGAGAAGUGGGAUAGGGUUAAAAUUGUAUGCUCACAGCCAUUUAACAAGACGAGCACGUAUGGUCUGUCAUUUAUCAAGCUCCACAGCCCACCAGAAGCAGGGGAGAAACAGGAACCAAAGCAGCUGGGCUUCUUCAAGCUGAAGGAUGAUGGUAACGGCCAUGUGAAGACAGGAACCAUAUUUUCACACAGAGGCAAACCAGAGGCACCUUCCACACCUGUCACUGGAGCAGCAGCAGCUCGGGCGGCCUCAAGACUUGCUGACACUGCAGGCGGUUCCUCCACACCAAAACCCAUAACCCCCAAGCCCAUCACCCCUAAACCUUCCCCAGCUGCAGCAUCUAGCUCAAACACUGGCAAACAGGAGAGUAAGACUACACCCUCACAGAAGACUGAGAAGCGUAAGCAUGCUGUGAGUGAUGAUGACACGGAUGAGGACACGGAGAAACCUACCCUGCGUAAACAGUUCACAAGUCUGUCCUCUGUCGCAUCCCGGGACUCCGCUCACAGUGAAAAACAACCACCUCUCAAGAAAACCAAAUCUGAACCCCCUAAGGAGUCCCCUAAAAAAGAAUUUGGGCAUCUCAUGGAUCGAGUGGUGUUUGUGCUGAGUGGGUUCCAGAACCCAUUCCGGGGUGAGCUACGGGACCGUGCUCUCGCCAUGGGAGCCAAAUACCGCGCUGAUUGGGGCAAGGACUGCACACACCUUGUGUGUGCAUUCCCGAAGACUCCUAAGUACAACCAGGUGAAGGGUAAGGGCCGCAUUGUGGACAAGAAGUGGAUCGGGGACUGCUACAAGCAGAAGAAAUUGCUUCCGUGGAGGGACUACAGACUGGGAGAUGCUGAUUCACCAGACGAGGAUUCAGAGGAGGAAAUCAUAACAAAAACACCUGCUAAGCAGUCUAAAGCAAAGCCAACCCCCAAGAGAAAAGAUAGUACCCCUCCCCCAAUCCCAGCAGUAUCAGACAGUGAUGAAGAGAUGUACGGUGGGGCCACUGACAGCGGAGAAGACACAGAGGACGAAAUCAGGAAAAUGAAGGAAAAGGAGGCUGGAAAGAAAGGUGGUCCAAGUAAGAAAUCCCCAAUCAAGCCCGCCACAGACGACCCAUAUGGGGUCGAGACAGAUGAGGAUGAACCAGGUCCCAGUAAGUCAGGCGCUGAUUCUGACAGUGCAGACAGUGGGCUCCCGGAACUUCCAGAUUUCCUUCAGGACAAAAACUUCUUCAUUUAUGGCAGUAUGGACGUGACCGAGAGGAGACUCAUGAAUAGAUACAUCGUGGCUUAUGGAGGGGAAUUGGAGGAUUACAUGUCUGACAAGGUCAACUACGUUGUGUCAUCUGCAAAGUGGGACAACAACUUUGAUGAUGCCCUGUCAGACAACCCCAACCUAGUGUUUGUGAAGCCAAAGUGGGUACAUGUGUGUCACGAUAAACAGAAGCUGGUGCCCCACCAGCCAUAUAUAGUGGUCCCUGAUGCUUGAACCACGUUCACUGUGUGCAGGUCCCUGAUGUUUGAACAAUGAUUGCCAUGUGCAAGAUUUAGCAGGAUUUAUGAAGACUACUUUGAUAGAAAUGUUUUUGGUCUUCGUAAAGUUAGAACGCUGUGCUUUAGAUGACUAGAGUAGAUGCAUUUAAGAUUAAUGGACUAUUAAUUAAAUAAACGCUUGGUUUAGAGAUGCAUACUGUACGAUUUGGGUCGAGUAUAUAAAGCAUCUUGGUGAAAAUGAUCAACAUAGUAUAAAAUAUUUUUUAAACAAGCUCUUUUUCCAUCACAUUCUUUCAUUUGCAUUUUUAUCAGGACAUUUUUCUUGCACAUCUACAUGAAUUUGGUGUAAACACAUAACACAUACGAUGUAGUUUUUUUUUAUCUAUCAUCAAAAAAUAUGUGUUGGACAUGUUCACCAAGAUGCAUUAUGAUGCCCAUACCUCACUACUGUAGUAACUGUACAUGUAGUUGUUACUGAUUCGUGAAAGUGUGCUGAUAAAUCUUAGGGAAUUAGACACUCGAUACUCAGUGAUACAUAUGUGAUAUACUUACAAUAGGCAGCAGGAUAUAUUGUUAAUUGUAUUUAAUUUGUUAAUGGACUAUGUAUUUUGUCUUUACAUGUAUGAUGAUUUGUGACUUUGUUGUAUAUAAUGAUGAACAUUUAAUGAUUAGAAUAAAACCCAUUUUACUUUU